AUACACCAAUAUGAUGUCUGCAUUUCUAUAUUCGCUGUUGUGUCUUGGACUCUGUAAAACAUUCGUUGAAGGCCAGUUGGUAACUCAGAAACAACAAAGACCUCACGUGAUCUUCAUCGUUGCAGACGACUUUGGUUGGAACGACGUUAGUUGGCAUAACAGAAAUAUCAACACGCCGAAUCUUGAGGAACUUGCAAAUGGUGGAAUUAUUCUGAACAGUUCGUACACUCAUGCAACAUGUUCGCCAUCUCGUGCCGCUUUCAUGACCGGGUAUUAUCCUUACCAUCUUGGCCUCCAGCAUUCAAACGUCAAGGCAGGCGCCCCGACAGGGUUACCGCUAGAUAAAACGUUCCUGCCCCAGAAACUUAAAACUCUCGGCUACAAAAACCACAUUGUUGGCAAGUGGCAUUUGGGUUACUGUAACUGGAACUACACGCCAACAUAUCGUGGGUUCGAUUCGUUUUACGGAUAUUACAACGCCGGUGAGGACUACUACACUCAUAGAGCGGCCUACAGAUACAAAGGACAAAAGACGACGGGACUUGAUUUCACGUUCAACAAGGAACUAAUCCGGGACAAAAAUGGGAGUUACAGCACUCAUGUUUUCACCGAUCGAGCUAUCAACAUCAUUUCCAAUCAUCCUAAGGAGUCUCCGUUAUUUUUGUACUUACCAUUCCAAGCGGCGCAUGGACCACUUCAGGUGCCUGAUCGUUAUUCCAGACCCUACCGCAGAAAGAUGAAGAAGCCACGGGCAGUGUUUUCUGGUAUGGUGACCGCUGUUGAUGAGGCAGUCGGGAGGAUCGUGGAUGCUUUGAAAGAAACCCAAAUGUGGAACAACACACUAUUGAUAUUUACCAACGACAACGGGGGUGCCCCAGGUGCCAUGGGUAACAAUUAUCCCCUCCGCGGUGGGAAGUUUACCUUCUGGGAAGGGGGUGUUCGUGGCGUGACAUUCAUUCAUGGUCAGAUGCUAAACACUUCUCCGUACGUGUAUGACGGCCUGUUUCAUGCAGUUGAUUGGUUUCCGACCAUUCUUAGCGCGGUGCAGUUUGGGUCCAGUACCACAGCGGAAGCUGAUACGGACUUGGACGGCAUCGAUCAUUGGCAGUCACUGUUAACAAGGCAGCCUUCCCCGAGAGACGAAUUCGUUUACAACAUAGACCAAGUUUCCCAAACUGGCGCGAUUCGGGUGGGUGACUUUAAACUUUUAGUUGGAUCACCAGGCGACUAUGAUGGCUGGUACAAGCCUGGUCGAAAGCCGCCAUCAAGGAAGAAGAAGAAUCGCAAGAAGAUUUUUGCGACUAUCAAACAUCCGAUGCUUAUGUUGAAUGGGAAGAAAAACAAGCAAAGUGGAGGUAGGAACGAGAAGAAAAGUGGCAAGAAGAAGAGGAGGAAUAAGAACAGAAAGAACAAGAGGGGGAAGAAAGGUCGACGCGGACGUAAGAACAAGAAACCGGCAAGCAUCGCAGAAUUUUAUAAUCGCGGGCAGGCUAGAAAGCCAGCUGAUUUAGGGGUUGUGUUGGACUCAUCUGGGAGCAUAGAAGCAGAAAACUUCGUCAAAGUCAAACAAUUCGUCAAAGAUGUCGUCUCAAAGUUUAAUAUUGGGACCAGCACUGUCAAUGUUGGGGUCGUAACCUACACGUACAAAGCCAUCUUGCAGUUUAAUUUGAAUGAUCACACAAAUAUGGCGGACGUAAUGACGGCCAUUGACAACAUCGUAUACGUAAGUGGUUCCACUAACACCGCAGCUGGGAUCGCAUACAUGAGGGAUACGAUGUUCACUGCCGCCAUGGGCGACAGGGCAGGCGUUCCCAACAUUGGCAUUGUUGUAACUGAUGGGAGGUCCAUCAACGAAGCAUGGACAGUGGGUGAAGCACAAACAGCCCGGGACGAUGGGAUCAUAAUGUUGGCUCUUGGUGUGACAGCAUCCGUUGAUAUAGAUGAGAUCAAUGGCAUUGCAUCUGAUCCCGAUUCCGAUCAUGCCUUCACUGUCACGGAUUUCGAUGACCUUGUCAAUGUCAUUGAUAUCUUUGGAGAUGCGACUUGCGAGGUGUCUACAUCUGCCUUAGUGUCAACACCAGCUCCAACGAUGACAACCUGCGCAGGCAGCGAGCCCUUGGAUGUGGUCUUCGUCCUAGACGCGUCUGGAAGUGUCACCAGUGGAAACUUCGAAAAGGUGAAGGCAUUUACUGCCGAUAUCGUCAGCAGAUUCGACAUCGCUAGUACCCAGAUUAGAGUAGGGGUUAUGACCUACAGCACUUCCAAUGUCCUUCAAUUCAACCUUCAAGAUUACUUCGACAAGGCCAAGAUGAUAAAUGCAAUCAAUGCCAUUGUCUACACAGGUGGCGGUACCUACACCGGGGCCGCCCUCGCCUUCAUGCGGCAGACUAUGUUCUCCGUUACCAAUGGUGACCGCGUGGGUGUCCCAGACGUAGCCAUCGUUGUGACGGACGGAAAGUCCAGAGAUCCAACUGUAACAGCGUCUGAAGCCCAGUUGGCACAAGAUGCCGGAAUGACCGUAAUCGCUCUGGGCAUAGGAAGUGGAAUUGCCGGCAAUGAACUCUACACCAUCGCAUCCGACCCCGAGAGUGACAAUGUGUUUGAGGUGUCCGACUUCGACACUCUGGAUGUCAUUGCUGAUGGUCUAACGGCAUCAACUUGUGAUGGAGGCAGUGGCGCAGUUAUUGACGUUGGCUUCGGAGACGAAACCACAACCAUCUUGCCUGUUGGCAUCACAACUCCACUAGUCAUCCUGCCGGGCUUAACAACGAUGGCAACAGGAGGCUCGACGGGACCAGCGAUCGCACCAUCCUCUGGACCAGGACUAACCGUGACAGUGCCAGGUUGUGCCCAGCGUGCUGAUAUUGUCUUUGUUCUGGACGACUCUGGGAGCAUCGGUUCAGAAAACUUCGAGCUUAUUCGGCAGUUCAUCAGUACUGUGGUUGCAAAGUUCAACAUCGGUAGAGCAGGUGUUCAAAUCGGAGUGGUAACCUACACGUACAAGGCAAGGUUGCAGUUCCAUCUGAACGAGCAUACCACACUUGCUGACCUCCAAACAGCGAUUCAAGCCAUUCCAUACACCACUGGUACAACAGACACAUCAGCUGGGAUCAGGUACAUGAGAGAUACCAUGUUCACCGCGGCAAAUGGGGACAGGAGUGGGGUACCCAACAUUGGAAUCGUCAUCACCGACGGUCGAUCCAUCAGUGAGGCGUGGACCCUACGAGAAGCCCAAUUAGCUCGUGAUGCCAACGUCACCAUGCUUGCACUUGGUAUUGGGAGGGUCAAUGUGAACGAGAUCAACGGAAUAGCGUCUGACCCGGACGCAGAUCACGCCCUUACGAUUUCCACAUUUCUUGACCUCGUGAAUGUCGUAGAUACAAUAGCUGAUAGUCUUUGUGAUGGUGAGUGUUGCAGUUUUGAAUACCCCAACGACGCCUGCACCGACUACGACCGUGUCGCCUUCAGGAUGUUCUGGAGACCCCCUGGAUGUUGUACUUGUCCUGGAUGCAUCUGGGAGUGUCGGCGCCGACAAUUUCGAGAAAGUAAAGCUCUUCGCUGCCAGCAUCGUAGCGAACUUUGA